GGACCCAAAGGGUGACGGCACCGCUAGGAUGAAGCUCAUGAGAUUUUUGAUGAAACUGAGUCAUGAAACUGUAACCAUUGCAUUGAAGAACAGAACACAGGUCCAUGGAACAAUCACAGACAGUUUACCUCUGGAUACACUACUUGUGGAUGUUGAACCUAAGGUGAAAUCUAAGAAAAGGGAAGCUGUUGCAGGAAGAGGCAGAGGCAGAGGAAGAGGAAGAGGACGUGGCCGUGGCAGAGGAAGAAGGGGUCCUAGGCGAUAAUGUCUCUCAAGAUUACUGUUUCGAAGUCAUAUGGGAUUUGGGAUAUUUUUUGCACAGGUUGUGUUUGUUUAUGUCAGUUUUUAAUAAACAUAAAUGUGGGACAAAAAAAUG